ACCAACCGUGACGAAUCUUCUUGCGACAAUGUCACGGCUCAUUUAACUCCAAAUUCUUGUCACAAUCUAUGCAUGUCACGCUUAAAUUUAACUAUUAUUAAUUUUUUUAUUUCGAUACAUGAGCGCCGACAAAUCGAAUAUUUUCUUUAUGGCCUGACAGGGACAAAUGUCCCUAGCAUUUGUUGGUGCUUCGGUAACAAGAACGUACUUGGUGGGAUACUCGACUCUCUUAAGAAAACAUUCUUAUGACGAAAAUAACACCGCUCAGCUGUUGUUAACUGUUCUUCGACUACUUUGUUACUCCAAUUUGAUCCGGCGUGGAGCGUGAUUGUAGGAGGGGAGAUCUUUUUAUUGUUGUUUUUGCAAUUUUAAACCUUGUUAUUGCCUUGUCUACUAGUUUCAGCAGGUUUUGAAUAUCAUCUGGUUAGCAGAUUCAGAGUCAGCAUUAUUUUAACAAUGCAAACGUUUUUGAUAUUAUUGGCAUUACUGGGACUUGCAAAUACUGGUAUUGCAUGGCGACAUUUUCUACGUGGACGAGCUAAGCAUGGUAAUUUGGGAGAACCAGUAUUAUCCAAAAAAUAUGAGCUUCCUAAUGAUCAAUGGUUCGAACAAUUCCUUGACCAUUUUAACCCAACUGAUGCUAGAACAUGGCAGCAGAGAUACUUUGUCAACUCGAGCUAUUUCAAAAAAGGUGGUCCUGUAUUUCUCAUGAUUGGAGGGGAAGGUACAGCCAGUGCAAAGUGGAUGGUUGAAGGUCAAUGGAUUGAAUAUGCCAAACAAUUUGGAGCCUUGUGCUUUCAACUGGAACAUCGUUUCUAUGGAAAAAGUCACCCAACUUCUGAUCUAAGCAUUAAGAAUAUGGUAUACUUAAGUUCAGAACAAGCUCUUGCCGAUUUGGCAUACUUUAUUGAGGGAAUGAAUAGGCUUUACCAGAUUCCAGCUGGUACAAAGUGGAUUGCUUUCGGUGGUUCGUAUCCAGGUUCAUUGGCUGCUUGGUUGCGAGCUAAGUAUCCACACUUAGUUCAUGGUGCUAUGUCGGCUAGUGGUCCCCUCUUAGCACAAAUCGACUUCCAGCAAUACUAUGUUAUUGUGGAAAAAGCUUUGAGGACACAUUCAGAUGCUUGCGUUAAAACGGUCGAAGCAGCGAACAACCAAAUACAUAUAAUGUUACGUCACCGCAUUGGUCAAGAAGGUUUAAAAAAGAAAUUCAACCUCUGCGAGCCAAUCGACCCGGGUCACACCAAGACUCGUGAUAUAGCUAAUCUAUAUGAAAACUUGGCCAGUAAUUUUGCCGACGUGGUACAAUACAACAAAGACAAUCGCAACAGUUCAAAAACUAGUAACAUUACUAUCGAUACAAUCUGUGAUAUUUUAACUAAUGAAACAAUAGGCGUUCCUGUCGAUAGAUUAGCUGAAAUGAAUAACUUGAUAAUGAAAGCAAAUGGUGACAAGUGCCUAGAUUUCAGUUACAUUAAAAUGAUUAAAGAAUUAAGAAAUGUCACUUGGAAUAAUGAAGCAGCGGAAGGUGGUCGCCAAUGGAUGUAUCAGACGUGCACAGAGUUUGGAUUCUUUCAAACUUCAACAGCUCGGCCCAAUUUAUUUAGCGAAACAUUCCCUGUAGAGUUUUUCAUUCAACAGUGCACAGACAUUUUUGGACCAAGAUAUAAUAUCAAUCUCCUAGAGGCUGCGGUUGAACGUACCAAUACUCUUUAUGGAGCUCUUCAGCUGGACGUAAGCAAUGUAGUCUUCGUUCAUGGAUCCAUCGAUCCUUGGCACGCUCUAGGAAUGAUAAAUUCGACCAACCCUCAAGCGCCAUCUAUUUACAUAAAUGGUACUGCUCACUGUGCCAACAUGUAUCCUCCAUCAAAGGAAGAUCCGCCGCAACUAACGCAAGCUCGUGAAGAAGUUGGACGACUGAUAGGUGAAUGGCUUAAAAAUUCUCUGUAAGCUUUUUGCGGGAUAUUAGAAAUUAAGAAACAAAUGAAACCAAAUCUCGAAUAUUGUGCUUAGAUUUAAAUUAAAAGAUAUGCAGGAUUUCAUGUUCCUUUUAUGCAUUAAAUAAUAUUAUUUCAUAUUCGCUAUACGACUUUUUCCUAUAUUAUUUUUAUUACGUGCUAAUGUUUAAUAAAGUGUUCUAACUCUGAAAAA